AACCAUUCACCUAGUCCUCCGCCGCCACCGCCGCCUAUUAUGGACGAAGAAGGCAACGACACUUCGAUAACCGGGCUCGUGGACCGCGUGUUGUCUCCUCUGACGAACCAUGCGCAGGAAACUCGAAACAGUAUCAUCAACAACGAUGAACACCGAUCCCGAGCCGGCAGUUGGCAAAACAACGUUGUCAGGGCGAAUGGAAAUGUGGGAUACGGAGAGUUGAACGGCGAUCUGGAAGUGCCUGACCAUCAAGAAGGACGGAAAAAGAGAAUGACGAGCAAAACGUACUUCAUCGUCAAAGAACUUCUCAUGACGGAAAGAACAUACAGAAAGGACUUGGAGGUUAUAGAAGUGUGGUUGAGAGAUGAACUGAUGUCGAACGACGACGAAACGCUGGAUGACGGGAUACCGCGACACGUGUUGGAUAGCCUCUUCGAAAUCCACGAGCCCAUCUUCGACUUUCAUUCCUUAUUGCUGAAGGACAUUGAGGAACGAUUCAGGACGUGGGACUCAACUUCCGGACGACAUCCUCAUCACCACAACCACACCAGAUUAGCGUCAUCGGGUGGCUCAAGAAUCGGCGAUGUGUUCCACAAUUCAAUGCACAAGAUGACGCCGCUUUACGUCAACUAUCUUAAUGGACAUCGUGACGUGAUGGAAGGCUUGGAGUAUGCUCUCAAGGACUCGAUUACGUUCGAUCAAAUCAUCAGAGACUUCGAAGCUACGGAAGUUUGCUAUUUGCCGCUUUUUACUUUCGUCUUGAAGCCGUUGCAUCGGUUGACGCAUUAUCAAGCUUUGUUGAGGAGACUCGUGGAUCAUUACCCUAUCGACCAUCCGGACUUGACUAGUUGCAAAGCAGCUUUAACUCUAAUGACGGACUUGGUAGCACGGGUUGGCGAGGUUUUGCCAACAUCUGAUAAUUACGCAAAGUUGGUUGAGCUCCAGCGGGAAUUGAAAGGAUUCGACGCGCUCAUACAACCUGAAAGGCACUUCAUUCGCGAAGGCUCGCUUCAAAAGUUGUCUCGGAAGGGCUAUCAACAACGGAUGUUUUUCUUGUUUUCCGACGUGUUGCUGUACGCGGCACGGGUAACCCAGCCGAGACUCCAUUUCAAGAUCCACGGAGUGAUCCCGUUGCGGGACGUGAUGGUGGAGGAGGCGGACAGACGGUCGACGGCGUCCCACUCGUUCACCAUUUACGCCAACAAUAGAGCGCUUCUCGUGGCUGCGAGCACGGCGGAUGAAAAGCGGAAUUGGCUGCAGGACUUUUCCCGUGCCAUUGCAGACGCGCGAGAAAAGCCGGAAACGUCGCUGCAGUAUUUGUCUCUCAAGUCUGCCAGUUCGAGUGAGGAUGUGGGCGGCGGCGACGCGAACAAUGCCGGGGAUCGAGGAAAUGGCGCCCCUGCGGUCAAUCAGCGCAGCAACACGAGUGUUCACGUUUGCUGGCAUAGGAAUACUAGUGUUUCGUCUCUAGAUCUUCGACUAGCUGCUAAUAGUCAGCUGAGUGGAUAUUUGCUCCGGAAAUUCAAAAGCUCUUCAGGUUGGCAAAAGUUGUGGGUGGUGUUCACGAAUUUCUGUCUGUUCUUUUACAAAACGGACGAGGAUCCGUUCCCGUUGGCUUCCCUGCCAUUGCUUAGUUACAGAGUAACAACUCCGUCCCCGCAAGAUGAGAUUGCCAAGGAACAUGUUUUCAAGCUUCAGUUCAAAAAUCAUGUGUACUUCUUUCGUGCGGAAAGCGAGUAUACUUUUAAUAGGUGGAUGGACGUGAUUGGAAAUGCAACGAACCGGAAUUUCGACGUAACUUCGGAACUUUUACGUAGUUCUCCGAUGUAGAGAAAUUUUAUUUCCUGGGGGCGAGAGGAACAGGCGUGUUUUAAUUCCCUGACCGGGCAUGUGUCGGUUGCCGCUGACCGAGUUUACUUGAAAUUUUCAGCUAAUUUGACGGACUGAAUUUGGGUCGCUUAUAUUUUUCUGAAGCUUAAACUUGCCCGUGAUUGCCGGCGAUUCGACUAUUUAUGUUCAGCGAAACGGGGAUCGUGACGUUUUGAUCAAUUUGCUGCUAAUGAGAGUGCGACGGCUAUUUCGAAAGGAUGUAUCCAGAAGCUUACUAUUGCUUUCAGAUAGUGUGUUAAUUUUGGUAUUGUUAUCGUUAUUGUACAAAAAUGGGUUGCAGAGAAAAAUACCAAGAGAUUCAGGAAAGUC